AUGGUGUUUGGUGACAGUGUGGACAUGAAGGAACUAUCCCCCAGGUCCAAGGAGGUGAUCUCCGGUUUAACUGCUGGGUUUUUGACCACCCUAAUCACUCAUCCAUUAGAUUUGAUAAAAAUUCGGCUACAAUUGGAUUAUUCAAAUCAAUCCCACUAUAUCAUAUUUAAGAACAUUGUAAAUAAUAUACGAGAUUCUAGAAAUCCAAUUAUAUCCGAGAUAUACAGAGGCAUAUUUCCAAACUUGAUAGGGAAUUCCAUCGCGUGGUCAUUAUAUUUCACUUUGUAUAACGAUUUUAAAUCCAGAAUCAACUUCAACUUCGGUGAAAAUAAUCAGAAAAACUCAACUCAAAACUACUUUGCAUCUGCUUUCUUAGCUGGUUCUUUGACAACUUUAAUGACAAAUCCCAUAUGGGUGCUUAAAACAAGAAUAUUGUCCACUUCGAAAACAUCUCCUGGUGCUUACAAAUCACUAAGCGAUGGUAUCAAAAGAAUAUUGAAAGAGGAAAGUAUCUUAACAUUCUGGAAGGGCUCAGUACCUGCUUUAAUUGGUGUCAGUAAAGGUGCAAUUCAAUUUUCUAUUUAUGAUAAUCUAAAGGAUUUUGUUUAUUCGAGCAAAAAUAUGAAAAUUUCGAAAGAAAAACAGAAAUUGUCAUCUUUGCAAUACAUCACUUUAUCUUCAACAUCUCAAAUAAUUGCAACAACAACUUUGUAUCCCUUGCAGAUAUUCAAAUCAAGAUUACAGGAUUAUAAUCAUAAUAUUAAUAAACAAAAAAAAUUGAAUCAAAAUAUUUUAUCCAUUUUUAAUAAAACUUUUAAAAAUGAAGGCUUUACUGGCUUUUAUAAAGGAUUAUCAACCAAUUUAAUACGAGUCCUACCGGCAACAUGUAUAACGUUUACUACUUAUGAAAAUUUGAAACAUUAUUUAAAUUAA